AUGACAAGCCAUCUGGAUCAGUUAGUCAAAAAAUAUAUUCUCAACCAAUCUUUUGUUGAAUCGUCUUUCUUUACCAAGUUAUCUGAAUUAAAGUUAGAGAAGUACAAAUUGGACUCGUCUUAUAUUGCCAUUCAUGGUUUCCAAACACACCCAUCGAAAUUGAACAAAUUUAACGAUACUCCAGUAUUGAACUUGGAUCAAUCUAGUUUUGCUGAUACGUUGAAUGAUCUGAGAAUAGACAUUCCUGGAGAGUUAUUCAAUGUUAAUACUAUUGAAGAAUUCAAGUCCCUAGAUAAAUUGAAGCUUUUAAAUACAUGGGGGCAAAGCAUAUACCUGGAUGUGACAAAUGCUUCUAGUUUUGACUACAAAUUAUUUAACAAAUUCUAUAUUUUGACCUACUCGGAUUUAAAGAAAUAUAAAUUCUACUAUUGGGUUGCGUAUCCCACUUUGAGCAAUAGUUGGACAGUUGAAAAUGAAUCCCAAGAAACAGACGCUACAAUAACUCAAUUGGUUAAAACUGAAAUGGAUAAGGAGUAUGGCCAGUUUUUCCAAUUUUAUGAGGGGAAACUUCAUAAAUCUGUUCGAGUAGACAAAGAGCGUACCUUUGUAUUUAUAGAUACUUGUUUAAGUAAGGACAAGAAGCCUACAAGUCAGCUCAAGAACUAUUUAUAUUACAUUGCAUACAAGGGUAUUAAAGAAAUAGAUCUCAUUACUUACCGCAAUAAUAACUUGGCUUUUAAACAGCAUUUGAAAUUAGAUGCUUUUUCCGACUCCCCGAAAAUCACUGGUUGGGAAAGAACAAGCCAGGGGAAGUUGGGACCCAAACUUGCAGACUUGGGAUCAUUAAUAGAUCCUUUACAGUUGGCGGAGCAAGCAGUUGAAUUGAAUUUGAAACUAAUGAAAUGGAGAAUUGCCCCGGAUAUAAAUUUAGAGAUAAUUAAGAAACAAAAAGUUUUGCUUCUUGGAGCUGGUACUUUAGGAAGUUAUGUCGCAAGAGCAUUGUUAGGCUGGGGUGUGAAAAGCAUCACUUUUGUGGAUAGUGGUAGAAUAUCUUUUUCCAACCCCGUGAGACAACCACUUUUUAAUUUUGAAGAUUGUUUUAGUGAUAAUGGACAAGGUGAGUACAAGGCAUUGAGGGCUGCAGAAAAUUUGAAAAAAGUUUUCCCUGGUGUAGAUGCAAGAGGUAUCUGUUUGGAGGUCCCUAUGGUUGGUCACCCAGUUACUGAUGAACAAAAAGAAAGGGCAAAUUAUGAGACUUUGCUAAAGCUCUUUGAGGAGCAUGAUGUUAUAUUUUUAUUAAUGGAUUCAAGAGAGUCUAGAUGGUUGCCCACUUUAAUUGGUGCAGCCAGUGAUAAAAUAGUGAUUAAUGCUGCCUUGGGCUUUGAUAGUUUUCUUGUAAUGAGACAUGGAGUGAUGAGUCAAAAGGAUAGGUUAGGGUGCUAUUAUUGUAACGAUGUGGUAGCUCCUAAUGACAGCUUAUCAGACAGAACACUAGAUCAAAUGUGUACUGUAACAAGACCAGGGGGUGCUCUAAUGGCUUCAUCCUUAGCUGUUGAAUUGUUGGUGGCAAUUUUGCAACAUCCUGAAAAGAAUCUUGCACCACAUGAUGCUGAAACAAAAUUUGGGAAUGUGCCACAUCAAAUAAGAGGGUUCUUGCACAAUUUCCUGCAAACUAAGUUAUUUGCUCCUAGCUAUGCCCAUUGUUCAGCUUGCUCUCCACGAGUGGUGACAGAAUUUAAGCAGGAAGGUUGGGAAUUUGUUAGGAAAUGUCUUGAUAAUUCCCAAUAUUUAGAGGAUAUCUCUGGGUUGGCCAAAGUGCAACAGGAAGCUGAGUUGGCUGCUAAACAAUUGCUUGAAGAUUUGUCGUUGGACGAUGAUAUUGGUGAUGAAAUUGAUGAGGAUUCUGAGUGGUUAAGUUGA